GGUGCCUCGCCGGAGCCACCUGCUGCGAGGAGCCGGCGGCGGAGCUGGGCCGGGCCGGGCCUGCGGGCGGCUCGGCGCACCGCGGGCACAGCGAGCCCAUCUCGGCCGUGCUGUGCUCCCCCCCGCCGCCGGCCGAGCUGCAGGGCCAGGGCCCCCGGGACGCCGCCCCGGGGAAAAGGACGGAGCGGGUGGAGCUGCGCCCGGUGCCCGGGCCUCUGGGGCAGACACGUGGGGAAGCGGAGCAGCCCUUCAGCACCACCGACGGCUCCGAUCAGGAAGAUCCCGAUCCGAGUGCCGGCACCCUGCGGAGCGCCCUAGCCAUACCCGAGCCAGCCGCGGGAAUGCAGCUUAAUCGAGCGAAGAAGAAACCUGCUCCAGUGAAGUAUGAAGUUGGAGAUCUAGUCUGGGCUAAGUUCAACAGACGACCGUGGUGGCCCUGCACAAUCUGUCAUGAUCCAGUGCUUGACUGUCACUCCAAAAUGAAAGUUUCCAAUCGGAGACCGUAUCGAGAGUACUACGUAGAUGCCUUAGGAGACCCUUCUGAGAAAGCCUGGGUUGCAGGAAAAGCGAUUGUACUUUUUGAAGGCAGAUAUCAGUUUGAAGAGCUACCUGUCCUUCGGAGAAGAGGGAAGCAAAAAGAAAAAGGCUACAAGCACAAGGUUCCUCAGAGGUUUAUGGCAAAAUGGGAAGUCAGUGUUGGACAUGCAGAAGAAUUCCUUCUCAAGGGGACUGAGGAUCAGAAGUGUAGUCAGAAUCCCAGCGAGCUGAACAGUGAGGAUGUGCUGUUGGAAUCCUGCACUAAUGGCCCUGUAAUGGAACCGGACAGGCAGCUGAAUGGCUGUUUUAAAUCAUUGACGUUUGACUCCAAACACUUAGCCAGGGAGAAGGGAAGGUCGUGCACUAAAUCACAAGUGAAAAAGAGCUCAGACAGCAGGAAAAGGACUAGAGUAAAAAAGAGCAGCACCAGACUGGAAGCAUCUAGGAGAGAAAUUGGAGGAAAGGCACCAGAGAACAUAGUUAGAAACAGGGUUGCUGGGGACCUGCCGGAUAAACAUGCAUCACAUGAACUUUGCCGGAUAGCGAACAGCCUAACAGCAGCCAAUGGUGCCGUGGAAAACUACUUGCUCUCUUCUUUUGGAGAAAGACGUUUUGAGAAGACAACUUUGAAACAGGAGUAUCAGGCUCCUCAUGGUGACUCCCUACGGGACACACUGAAAGUGGAUUUGCUUUCUAGCAGCUCUACAGAGAGAGAGAAAAGCCCUGUAGGCAUUCUUUGCAGUUCCAAAUUACAGGUACACUAUUCUACCGCUGACACUUCUAUUGAGAAAAAGCAAACAGAGUCCGAUUCGCUUACUUCCUUCUCAGAUGAUGGGACCAGUGAUCUAGAUACCGGGGACCAAAGUUCUGAGGCAGCCUGCAGUGCUCUGGAGAUUAGUGACUCUGCAGAUAAAGAAGAAAAGGAAUUCUGUACAGGGAUGAGGGGAAACAGUAAAUGUUCCAUGUAUCUCUCUCAAAACAGCAACAGAAGAGCUAGGAAAAGGUUAUCUAGAGAUCACAGAACUCCAGCAGGCCCUGUAGGUGACAGAAGUGAUGCUGAAUCUGUGGAUGGGGAGCUCCAAGGAGCAGCCUCGGACACUGAGAUGCCUGUUAUUGCUCUAGAGUGUACUUCAGCUAUGAGAAAUGACCAUCUUUCCCUUGCAGAUAAGCACCCUACACCCCAGAAUGUUUGUCGGGAGAGCUCCCACACUGGGAUUACAAAUCAACUGAAUCUACACCUGAAAAACCUCAAAGUGCCCCGGCUCAUAAGUAUAAGAAGCAAACACAAGGAGAGUGCUGCUGGGACAGAACCCCCUCUCCUAGAAGAGGAAUGUGGUGUGAAUUGCUGCUCUUCUGACACCAAAGGUUUCGCUGGUCCGCCUGCCAAGAGUGGGAAAGUUGAUAGUCAGGAACCAUUAAAUAAUGUGCAUGAGAGAGCCAGGGAUUCUGCUGAAAUAGAGACUGCUGUGGUGAAGCAUGUCCUGUCAGAGCUGAAGGAACUGUCCUUUAGGUCCCUUGGUGAUGAAGCGAGUGACUAUGGGGCACCUAAGACCACAGCACCCUUACUCUUCUCUUCUGCCUCUGGGCAGAGUCGUUUACCCAUUGAGCCAGACUACAAAUUCAGCACCUUGCUAAUGAUGUUGAAAGAUAUGCAUGAUAGUAAGACAAAAGAGCAGCAGCUGAUGUCAGCUCAGAAUAUGGUCCCGUAUCGAAAUGCUGGCAUGAGCAGUUCCUCUGGAAGUAAUUCUGCAAGUGGCUUGAAGGCUUUGGGUACAAAAGGACCCACUUAUAAAUUAGAAAAAAAUGGGGAUUGUGUUCUGGAAGCAACAUGUCAGAACCCCAGUGCGAGUGAAUCCUCUUUUUCGUGCAGCACUACAGCCAAGAUAACUGGGCGGAGUACUAACAAAAGGGAGCCCACAGAUCCUGCUCUUUCCAGUUCGAAUGGCACAAACUGCAUCUCAAGACACAACUGUUCACAAUCUAAGCAGUCAUCCAAACUCGCAGAUCAUGCAACAUCAGUCAGAAAGGAUUUAAAACUAGAAGGGCUGAGCAAGCCUCUAAAUCAGGUCUCUAGUAAUAUAGCGGAGAAAGCAUCCCUCCCGUGCAGGGAUAUGCAGGGAUUGGUUACUAGUCUUGUUUAUAAUGAAAUAGAAGAAACUGCAAGGAAAGAGUCUCUUGAGUUAAUGGAACACUCCACUGAUGAAGACUCUGCAUGUUCAUCUGAUGACAAUUUAGAUCAUGUCAGGAAGAGGCCUGAACCUCAUAAAAAUACUGAGAGUUGCACUUCUGCUGAAAAUGGUGAGGGCCUAGAGUUGGAUUCAGAAAGCUCCCUGGGGGAUGAGUCUAAUGAUGUAAACCAUGUAGCACCCAAGAAGCGAUGGCAGCGUUUUAACCAAAGCAGUGCUAGAACCAGUCGGCACGUCCAUAGAUCUAGGGACGAAGAGAGCUCCAGGGGCACCUUUGGGGGCCUGAAUUCUAGUGACUUUUCACUAAAGGGAAAGGAGUGCCUGGAGCACAGGCCUCCCACCCUUUCCCCGGGGCUUGAGGGAGACCUGACAGACCAGGACUGGGAGAAUCACUUAGACUUAGUUGUGAAAAGUUUGAAUGUAUGUGAUAAGCCAAACAAUGAUGUGAUGCAUUCAGAAUCAGAGCUUUGCCGUUUUGCUUCCCAGUCUGAGUUCUCUUCACAAGCAUAUUCAGAAAAGAAACGCCUUAGAAAGCCGAGCAAACGGCUUCUGGAAUAUGCAGAAGAAUAUGAUCAGAUAUUUGCACCUAAGAAAAAAUCAAAGAAGGGCCAGGAGCAAUUGCAAAGGGUGAGUUCCCGGGAGAGGUCUGAGUUCAAGGGAGAGGAAAGGCUUCAAGCACGAUGCAGGCGUGGAAGUGAUCUCCGGAAUGUGCAGCUGGAGCGGAACCUUCUGGUGUCAACUCCAUCUUCCUCUUCAACCAAAGAUGCUCCUCCAGUUCUUGAAGCAGAACAUUUGCUGUUAGAAGAGCCAGUAUCCCAUUCCUCUGAGCCCACUGACCUACUCAUAGAUGGACAUUCAGACUUGCCGGAGCUGAUGUUAUCUUCCCCUGAUGUGUCUGAAGUUUCUGCUUGUUCUCUGGAGGCAGAGGAACGUUUCCUGAAAUCAGGGAACUUGGAGAGGAAGCGUCAGAGGAAGCCAACUAAGAAGCUCUUGGAAUCCAAUGAUUUAGAUGCUGUGUUUAUGCCAAAGAAGGAGGGGUGGACUCCUCCAAAGAAGUGUUUUGAUGCUGGCCCUCUGGAGAGUGACCUUUCUGAAUUUUAUGCCACGCCCCAGUUUUUGGAUCUCGGAGAAGCUCCUGACAGACUCCCUGAGAAGCAGAGAAAGCGCAAGAGACAGCGAUACUCACCAGCCACAGCGCAGUACAAGAAAGGGAGGAGUGAAGAUGCACUGGGGGAAGCUCCCUGUUCUGAGGGGGAGAUACCUAUCCAUGGGAGUGCUGCAAGCCCCAAGGAGCUCAAUGAGGAUGGGUCUGAGAAUGACCAUGGAGUGCCUUCAUCCAAAAGGAUGCAGGGGGAGCGAGGAGGAGGAGCAGCCCUCAAGGAGAAUGUUUGUCAGAUCUGUGAGAAGCCGGGGGAGUUGUUGCUGUGUGAAGCGCAGUGCUGUGGUGCUUUCCACCUGCGGUGCCUCGGGCUCUCAGAAAUGCCGAAGGGCAAGUUUAUCUGCAAUGAGUGUUCGACAGGCGUCCACACCUGUUUUGUGUGCAAGAGCAGUGGGGAGGACGUGAGGCGGUGCUUGCUCCCCUUGUGUGGGAAGUACUACCAUGAAGAGUGUGUGCAGAAGUACCCACCCACAGUCAUGCAGAACAAGGGCUUUCGAUGCUCACUGCACAUCUGUAUGACUUGUCAUGCCGCUAACCCAGCAAACCUUUCUGCGUCUAAAGGUCGCUUGAUGCGCUGUGUUCGGUGUCCGGUGGCAUACCAUGCCAACGAUUUCUGUCUGGCUGCGGGGACCGUGAUCCUCGCCUCCAACAGCAUCAUCUGCCCCAAUCACUUCUCUCCACGGAGGGGCUGCAGAAACCAUGAGCACGUCAAUGUCAGCUGGUGCUUUGUCUGCUCAGAAGGGGGCAGCCUUCUGUGCUGUGAGUCCUGCCCAGCUGCUUUUCACCGCGAGUGUCUGAACAUCGAGAUGCCGGAGGGAAGCUGGUACUGUAACGACUGCAAAGCCGGCAAGAAACCCCAUUACAAGGAGGUGGUCUGGGUAAAAGUUGGGCGCUACAGGUGGUGGCCAGCUGAGAUUUGCCAUCCUAGAACUAUUCCUGUAAAUAUCCAAAAGAUGAAACAUGACAUUGGCGAGUUUCCUGUGCUGUUUUUUGGGUCCAACGAUUACCUCUGGACGCACCAGGCUCGGGUGUUUCCCUACAUGGAAGGCGACGUGAGCAGCAAGGACAAGAUGGGCAAGGGAGUGGAUGGCAUUUAUAAGAAAGCUCUGCAGGAAGCAGCUGUGAGGUUUGAAGAGCUGAAGGCACAGAAAGAACUGAGACAGCUGCAGGAAGACAGAAAGAACGAUAAGAAGCCUCCUCCCUACAAACAUAUCAAGGUAAACAGACCAGUGGGCAAGGUGCAGAUCUUCACAGCAGACCUGUCUGAGAUACCACGGUGCAACUGCAAACACACAGAUGAAAACCCCUGUGGUCUGGACUCAGAGUGCAUCAAUCGCAUGCUGCUGUAUGAGUGCCAUCCCCUGGUCUGUCCGGCUGGGGAGCGCUGUCAGAACCAGUGCUUCUCCAAGAGGCAGUACCCAGAGGUAGAAAUCUUCCGCACGCUGGCACGAGGCUGGGGCUUGCAAGCCAAAAGGGACAUUAAAAAGGGUGAGUUUGUUAAUGAAUACGUGGGAGAGCUGAUUGAUGAGGAGGAGUGUCGGGCACGAAUCCGCUAUGCACAGGAGCAUGACAUUACCAACUUCUAUAUGCUGACUUUGGACAAGGAUCGAAUCAUCGAUGCCGGACCGAAGGGCAAUUACGCUCGAUUUAUGAACCAUUGCUGCCAGCCCAACUGUGAGACUCAGAAAUGGUCCGUGAAUGGCGAUACGCGGGUUGGGCUCUUUGCUCUUGUCAAUAUCAAAGCUGGGACUGAGCUGACUUUCAACUACAACCUGGAAUGUCUGGGAAAUGGAAAGACAGUUUGCAAAUGUGGUGCUCCGAAUUGCAGCGGGUUCCUAGGGGUACGGCCAAAGAAUCCCCCUAACCUUACAGAGGAGAAGUCCAAGAAGUUCAAAAGACGGCAGCAGGUGAAGCGCAGGUCACAGGCAGAGAUCAUGAAAGAGCGAGAGGAUGAGUGCUUCAGCUGUGGAGAUGGAGGGCAGCUAGUUUCGUGUAAGAAGACAGGCUGCCCAAAAGUGUACCACGCAGACUGCCUCAACCUGACCAAACGGCCAGCAGGGAAGUGGGAGUGCCCUUGGCAUCAGUGUGAUGUGUGUGGCAAAGAAGCAGCUUCCUUCUGUGAGAUGUGUCCCAGCUCCUUCUGCAAGCAGCACCGGGAGGGCAUGCUCUUUAUCUCCAAACUGGAUGGACGCUUAUCAUGCACAGAGCAUGAUCCCUGCGGACCCAACCCUCUAGAGCCAGGGGAAAUUCGUGAGUAUGUGCCUCCCACAGUCCCACCGGCUAACCGUCAAAACACUCAGCCCUCCGACCACCAGCCUGCAGUCCUGGGCCUCAGGCGUCCCCCUUCUGAUAGGCUGCCUCUGGCUGUGGCCCUGCGGCUGCAGCCGUCGGACAAGCCCUGCUCCACCGUGGCCCUGCGGCUGCAGCCGUCGGACAAGCCCUGCUCCACCGUGGCCCUGCGGCUGCAGCCGUCGGACAAACCCUGCUCCGCCGUGGCCCUGCGGCUGCAGCCGUCGGACAAGCCCUGCUCCACUGUGGCCUUGAGGCUGCAGCCAUCGGACAAGCCCUGCUCCGCCCUGGCUCUGCGGCUGCAGCCGUCGGACAAGCCCUGCUCCGCCGUGGCUCUGCGGCUGCAGCCGUCGGACAAGCCCUGCUCCGCCGUGGCUCUGCGGCUGCAGCCGUCGGACAAGACCUGCUCUACCGUGGCCCUGAGCCUGCACCCAUCAGACAAGCCUGCUGCUGCCAUGGCCCUGAGGCUACAGUCAGAUAAACAACCCACCAUUGUAUCCCUGAGGCUUCAGCAGUCGGACAAGCCUCUUGCCACCACCACAGGCCAGCAGCCUCCGCCCUCAGAUGAGUCUCCUUCCGCUGCUGGAGCUCCGUCGCCUCCUCCCGCAGAUGAGUCUCCAACCAAGAGCCUGCAUCCUCUUCCCUCGGACGAGUCUCCCGCUGCUACCCAGGCCCAGUGGCCUCAGCUGUUGGGCAAGUCUCCCGCCCUCGCUAGGGUCCCACGGCCUCAGCUGUUGGGUGAGUCUCCCAUCAAGGGCCCGCAGCCCCUGCUGUCAGAUGAGGCUCCCGCCGCUGGGGCCCUGCAGCAUCAGGCGUUGGACAGGCCUCCCGCAGCUCCAAGGCUGCUGCUGUCUGAGAAAGCACGGAGGCCCGGGGAUCAGAAUGCUCAGCCAAAAGAGAGGGGAGCCGCAGCGGUGGAGCGAACUUGUUUACCUGAGGAGCAGACCUCUCGGCCUGCAGGGAAGGCAGUGACACACAUGGUGCAGGCACCUUGGCCCAUGGAGAAAUUGCAGACAUAUGAGCCAACCCACUGGCCCACUGUGGAAGCACUGACGCCUGCGGAGCAGUCCCCUCACACCACAGAGAAAUUACAGACACCUGAGCCGCCGACUCAGGCUGACCGGGAAGUGGCAUCAGCACCCACAGAGCAGAGCCCUUGGACCGCAGAGAGGUUACGUACAUUUGAACAGACCCCCCGGCCUGCCAGGGAAGCACCAAUGCCCCCAGAGCAGGCUUCAUGGCUUGCCAGGAAGAUUCAGACAUUUGAGCAGAUCCCUUGGCUCUCUGGAAAAGCACAGACACCCCUGGGGCAGGCCCCUUUGCCUGAGCAAAACAUAGUGCUAGUCUGCAACCAGGAUUCUCCCAGUCAGGAAUUGGCUGAAUCGAAACCGAAGUGAAGUCAGUGAAUGAGGCAGGCAGGUUGCAGUCGGUUUGUUUGGGGAGAGGGAUUUUCUUUGUUCUGUUUGUUGUUCACGUCCCUGAGCCCAGCCUCGAGCCCAGGCACUCUCAUGACAUAAGCAAGGACGUUUACCUAAACCGGAGUGUGGCCCAGCCACAGAAAGUGAGCAUCAGCAACCUUUCCUCUUCCUUUUAGAAACGGUAACGUUGAAAUAAAGAGUCCACUCCGGAUAAAAUCUCUAAUCCCAUUGAAAUGGUCACGUUACUGAUCUAGCGCGUCUGCAUGCGAGGUCUGCAUCCACAAGGGGUUUCCAAAACAGCUAAGUGGCCCUGAGGAAGCAAUUUCCUUUCUCUUAACUGUUCUUAGUGGAAGCAGAACAACUAGUCUGAACUGGGAUCUCAGAUGUUUCAAAUGAUUAAAUGGUGCACAGAGUAAUUGGACACGUCUUUGCUAGACUCUGAAGAGGGGAAGAGAUUUAGCACUUGUGCUGCCCAGUUCUCCUUCCCCACAGGGUUUUCCUUUGCAAGUGUUUGCCUGAGUGUGCACAUUGGUCUUUGUCACCAGUGAAAGGCUCACCAAAACACAGGUGCUGUUGUAAAAUGGCGGAGUCUCGUGGAGUUAGUGGAGGAGCCUGCUCCUGCCAGACUGUACAGUUCAUUCCAGUGUGAGCAAAAGAACUGCUCCUGCGCAGGCCCUGUGAUUGGGGGUGGGGGGAGAAGGUCUCUGAAGAUACCGUCUGCCAGGAUUCUCACUCUUGGAUCUUAGCUGUGUGACGUGGGACAGGCGGAAUUUCCACUGCACAUACAAAGCUGUGAGCUCUGGAGGCAGCUGUAGCAGGGUGGAGCGUGAGUAAGGCCCCUACUGGAUGCCGAGCACUGCCUUUGACAGGGUAGAAAUGCUGCCCUCUGAACGCUCCAGGCAGUUCCUUCUUCACCUUGGUUGUUACCAUGAACUAGCAAACUAAAUAGUCUCUUCCUCCCCCAUCUCAACCACAUGCUUAGGAGUCCUGUUUGCAGAGUGGCUGGUAGCCUAGCAGAGUGAAUUCUGUGGAAUUCACUCCAUAGUGCAGAGUCAAGAAGCUACUUCAGAAGGCAUGCUGUAUCCAGAAUGGAAAACCAUGUCAACACCCUUCCCCUUGGUUAGCCUCUGUAUUUCCAACCAAAAAUCCCCACAGGAGACUUGAAUUACCUGGACUAUGUUGAAGUGUCUGAGUGUCAGAAAACCGGCCCCUCGAGGUAAUAGUUCUCACACUGGAACACAAUGGCUCUAGCACCUGGCUGGCCUCUCUCUCUCUCCCUUUUCCACUAACGGUAGCUAUGCCUGGUGACUUGCCAGGCUGGUAUUCCGAGUAGACCUGAUGGAGGCAGUGACCUUACCUGCCUGCUGAGGCAGAAAUACCCUCUGCUGUGGCACUGAUAUGGUAGAAUUACAGGCAGGGACUUAGGCAGUGACGCUUGUGACCUGCGAAGGAGUAGCCGGGCAGUCUGCGUUCGUGCUGCCCACGGUCAGUGCAGUGUGCUGUGCCAUCGGGAAGCACUGUCUGAUCAGCACUGUCUCCCAACUCAUUACCUGUGUGACACGCCUGAGCUCCACUGACCUGGGCAGCAGGAGUCCAGCUUCAGCCUGUCCCCCCCAUUGUUUCAGAGAGAGCGGUAGGUCUCUCCCCAGAGCGGGGAGCCCUAGUUCUAUACUAGCCCCUUUCCUCUGACUCAGGAACAGGUCAGGGCUGGCGUUCAGCUCGCGUGUUCCCACUGCUCCAAGAGAGCAAUAAUUAGCUUUGCGGGUUUCUGUGAUAGGGAGCGAGAUCUCUGUAACAAGGCAAAUCCUGCUCCAUUCUCCUUUCCAAACUCAGCUCCCCAAGAGAGUGUCUCUUCUCCAGUCUGAAUCGCUUCAGACCCCUCAGCGUAGCUCGUGACUUGGAAAAGCUUUAUGGCUUAUGGAAUCUUAGUGUUGUUUUUCCGUGAAGACCUGCAGGUCGGUCCCUGAUCUCUGCUGAGCUGGAGGAGAUGCAAGCAGCUAUUGUUUUGCGUGACUCCUGCACAAAGGGAAUCAGGAUGUCUCCUCAGAGCCAUUGAGAGAGGAUAAACUAAGGGCAUUUUAUUAACUUUUUAAAAUAAAAACAAAAUUACAAAAAAAAAAAAAAACCAGUAAUGAGGUUCCGUAUGUUAAGUAUUUAUCAUGUGUGAGAAGGAAAAUAAAUCUCUAAUUGACAUUGAUAGCCCUUCCCAUGAGCUGGACUUCGCCAUGUAGAUUGUGUGAGUAGGGUGUCCUCUGUGCCAGCCGCCCAGCCAGCGGAGCUAGAACAAGAAAAGACAUCUGCACUGCUUUGUCCAACUCUGUUUUGCAAUGUCAUGUGUUACCUAGUUAUUUGUUUCAUGAAAAAUAAACUGUGAAUAUUUUUGGUGCAGGCUAUUUUAAAUCUUUACAAUGGAGAAGUUCUCAGUGAGCGCAGGUUUGAAGAAUCAUUCUCAUAAAUCAUGUGUUUAAAUCUAGGGCGAGGUUCACAGCAGCAGAAUCCCUCCAGCACUCUCAGCAGUUAUUUAGGAGCUCCCAUUUGAAUAGUGAAAGUAGAUUGAGACAUUGCAUGACAUUUUAAGCCCACAGCCUUACGCCACUCACUUGACUACACCACUGUUUCUCUUCCCUUCUCCCUCCAGACCUUUUCUGUACAGAUCUAGUUUUCCAGUCCACCCAUCUUCCAACUGACACGUUUCACAGAGCUGACUUUAGAAUAGCUGUGCACCUGCUUGGGUAAAUACGAAUCUGCACUGGGAAAUAUCACUUACAGACAGUGUUUGUGUCAGUUUAGAAGUUAAUACAAAUAACUCUCUAGGUGUAAGAGUGUUUAAGGAGAAGUGAGGAAACCAGGAAGCAGUUGUUCUGUAUCAGGUGGAAGGGGCUGUGCAGUUAGUGGGGUCUUCCUCUCUGCACGGGGCUGAACUCCCCGGGAGCGGGAUGUGCCCCAGCCCCUUGCUAGGGAUGCUGCAGAGCACUGAAGAACCGUGGCUGGGUGGCCACUUCUGUGUUAUCCCAGGCUAGAGGAGGGAGCUUUUGAUACUGAUGGGAACAUCUCUGUAAGUUAAUAUGAUGGAGAAGAAAUUAACAGCUUUAUGUCCGAACCCUGUUGGCAACCUCGGCAAACAGGCCAGGGCCUGAAGGGAUCUCUGAGACAGAAUGCUCUCUUGCCUCUAGAUGUGAUCCCUGAGACAUGCUCUGCUGGAACCAAGGCUGCCUCUAUCUGGGGAGGACGAAAGUGACUUCAGCCUCAGGGUCAGACUGGCACACUGUCUGCCAGGUAAAUCCACAUGAAAGGAAACAAAAUUGAAUUCCACUGUUUGAGAUUGUGGCAGCCAGCAGAGCCAGCCAGCUGCAUCUGCUGACUUGGAUGCCAGAGGAGACAUUUGUAUUGGGGCUGUUUAAAUGCCAUUUAUUUCCUUUGCUACCUUUUAGAAUUCGCAUCAGUAAUUCAAGUCACUGGAUUCUUUAUAUAGAAAAUAGCGUCGCAAACAUGUUAGCGCUCAUGUAGGAUAGUAGAGAGAGAAACAGUCAGUGUUAAAGUAAAUGAAAUGAAGUGUGCAGGCCAUUCAUUCUGGCCUUCGCCAUAGACACUGAGCUCUACCGAGAUCAAAUGAUUUAAUGGAGAAAGAGAGACUCAGGGUGCGUCUACACUAGAGCCAUCAGUACCAGAUAGAGGGGCUGCCCCACAGGUAAGGUGGAGUUAAGAUUUGGACUUACAGCAGGAAUUCACCCUCAUUGUUGAGGACAAACACAUUCUACAUAACAAAGAGGCGUCGGAUAUUUUUCCCCCCAAAUAGUCUCAGCUGAGGUGUUGCUGCAAGAGGUGGCUCCUGAGUAGAUCUAGUGCAAGGGGCGGUUUUUGGAAAGAAGAGUUUCGGGUUAAGAGCCGUGUUUUCUGUCUGCUCGUAACUGAAAGUUUCCCCUUUGAGAGACGCUGAAGAAGGUUCAUAGAAACCCUCCAAUAAAAGCCCUCUUGCAAAAUGGCUGCAGGCUCCCAUUGUUCUCCAAGGGACAGAGGCCAUUAGCUGCCUUUAGCAAGAUGGUCGUCACCUCUGCUCAUCUGCUCCUCCCAGUGCUGCUGCCUGUCCCCUGACUGCAUAGAGCCAUUGUCUCCCCUGAGGACUUCACUCCACCUGUGGCCUCGGUGCCAUUCAGAGCAAGGGCAGCGGUGAGGAGGAGGCCAGUGGGCGAGCGUGCCCGUUUGGAAGGGCAGCCUUUGGUGAGCUUCUCUGUAGGAUAAGAACCAGCUUCUUGCUGCUGGAGCAAACACUCGGUACGUCUUUGUGGCCUGGCCCUGGGGUGCACAUGUUCUAAGCACUCAGGACCAGAAAUGCUUCGAUAGCCGUGUCCGUUGGUCCAUGUCUGUGCUCUGCUAUGAACUGAGGGCAUAUAGGGGACAGUGCAGAUCAGCUGCCUCUCCAGUUCCUUGCUACCGCUCGCAUUCUGGGACGGGCCCUCUUGUCUUCGUUAGUCUCUUAGCCUCAGUAAACAUUAAACAUGGGUUUAUUGGUUAUGUGGCUCCUUUCAUUAGUUAGGGCUUUUCAAGUAGCUGUUAGUGUGGGUCAGGAGGUUCCCUCCACGUUAUUCCCCCUACGUCCGAGGCAUUUGCGCCCAAGGCCCCAGGUUCCAAGCACUGUGUUGCAUGCCAAGUCUUCCUGUUGACCAGUGCUCACAAGACCUGUCUCUGCUGCCUCCGGGAGUCUCACAUCCCGUCGAAGUGUGAGAUCUGCUUCUCCUUCCUCUCCCCCUUGUGCUGGGAAGUCCCGGCAGCUCAGACUCCGCAGGCACUGAUGGAGCUCUCCAGCAGACCUGAGGACGCAUGAAGAGGGUAGAGAAAGACACACUCCUCAGAAGACUGACAAGUCCUCUCAUAAGUCGUCAAAGAAGAGGAUGGCUCCCCACCCCUCGGGGCUGAGUGAGAAUCCAAGCCCCAGACCAGGGGCACCCAGAGUUCACAGGGAGCAAGAGCCAGCACCGGCAGUGCCAGGAGAUUCCAGUGCUCUGAAACCCACUUCAAAGCGCUCUCUAUACAUGAGGCCAUCUUCGGCCUGCUGAAAACCUUUGGCACAAUCCAGCCACCUUCCAGGCUGUCCCAGAUAAAGAAAAGUUUGUAACCGGGUCAUCUCUGCAGGCAUCCCUGAAUGCAGUGAACAUGGCUUCCUGCUCUGUGGCUACCUCGGUCAUGAGAUGGGCAUCAUGGCUGCAGGCGUCGGGUCUCCCCGUGGAGGUUCAAGCCACUCUAGAAAAUCUAUCAUUUGGGGGCAUGUGACGGGUUGGAUCACAGAACCCCCUUGGGGGCUACCACCCGAUGUGCCAUGACUACCUCUGUUCCUGCUUUCCCUGCCAGCUCAGGACUCCAGCACCCUGUCUUGCUGAGCCAGAUGUCUCUCAGUAAGUCUGGUCAUCGUGGGGACAGUCGAGAGCCUCGCACCUCCAGUGCUUGUCUGUCCAGUCUCCCCACCCCUUUUGGUGGCCAUCUAACCUGUUUUCUUCUGAUGUCGCAACAUUUAACUUCUGACAGAUGGGCCUUUGGCAUCAUCUCAGCCAGCUACACAAUCCAAUCCCUGUCCCUUCUGCAAAAUCCCCAUCCUCAUCCCUCUUCAGGGUCCCCUCUCACCAGGAGCUCCUCAGACAGAAGUGGACUCCCCAAUCCAACUAGAAGCAACAGAACUGGUACCUGCUCAAUGCCAGGGAAAGGGCUUUUACUCCAGAUACUUCCUGAUCCCCAAAAGGAAGAGGGGCGGGGACCCAUCCUGGACUCUGGUAGCUGCCGUUCAGCAGGCCAGAUGAUGACCGUGGAUUUAAAGGAUGCCUUUUCACAUCCAUGCAGACAGGAAACUCCUGCGUUCCAUGGUGGGGUCAGAGCACUUCCAGUACCUGGGGCCCCCCUGGGGCCUUUUGGCAGGAGUGCAGCACACCUACACCAUCACCGCUACCACGCACGUCCCUGUCGUCUAGGUGACUGGCUCCUCAAGGGAUGAUGGUAUCAGGCGGUGCAUACAGCAUUCGCUGCCCUGCUUGACCUGUGCCUCUCCUUGGCACUUCAGGUAAACCCAAGAAAGUCCAUUUAACACCCACAACUGCAGAAUUUAUUGGAGCUGUUCUUGACUUGCUUGCACCCAGAAUUUACUUACCACAGGACAGAUUCCUAACAAUGAGAGACCUCAGUAUCCAACGUCUCAGUCAUCAGACGACAGUCUGGUCCUAGGCCAUGUGGUGACACGCACCUACACCCAUCCCCAGGCUUCCCCACUGCAGUCUCCAGGCUUGGCUGAGGAAAGUCAACACAAGGACUCCUCAGACAAGAGAGUCGCCCUUCCUUCCAGCAUUCGGGCAUCUCUCACCUGUUAGGAAAAGGGAGUCGGUGUUUGUGGAGAUUCCCUUUGCUCCCACCCCACUGCCAAAGACACUUGUGACAGAUGCAGCCUGACUUGGCUGGGGGCCCACCUGCGUGACGACACAGAUCAGCGUUCCCGGACUUUGCAAGAGUUCACAUGCCACAUCAACCUGCUCAAGCUUUGGGCCGUCCACAAAGCGUGCACACAAGUCCUCCCCUUUAUCUGAGCCACCCUGCCCAGGCCCGAUCAGAUGACAUGACCACUCUUUGCUAUAUUAACAAGGUCUGCGUCAUUCUGCAGGCAGGCUUCCAGCGAGGAGCUGGUGCAUCCAGCAUCAGCUCAUCCUCUCUGCAGGGCACCUGCUGGGGAGAAUGAGAACUCCCUAGCGGACAGCCUCGGCAGGCGUUCUCACGCAGACCAUGGAGGGGAGCACCACUUCAUCCAGUGGGGAUCCCCAUUUUGUGACUUCUUGGCAACCCAGGACAACAGGAAGUACCUGAUUUAUUGCUUUUGCCAUACAUUUGCCUACAGCCAUUUCUGGACCUGCUGUCACAGAAUGGGGACAGGACCACCCAUCCCAACCCAACCCAUAUUUCUUCAUCUGACAGCCUGUUUUUUGGAUGGGCAACAGACUUAGAGAGAUCCUACUCAAAGAUCUAUGCUUCUCAGUAGCAGGAAACCCUCUAUAAGGAAGUGUUACGCUGCUGAGUGGAAGCAGCUCUCCGUGUGGUGUCAGAGGCACAGUUUGCCUCCAGAGGAGUCUGGUGUUCCUCUUGUCUUGGACUGUCUCCUCUCCUGGAAGUCAGCAGGGCUGUCCAUCAUUUCAUUAAGGGUUUAUUUAGAGCUGUCGAUGCCUUUCAUCCUCAGUAGAGGACUGGUCAGUUCUCACCCAUCCCACAAGAAUCAGGCUCUUAAAAGGCAUUAUCAGAAUGUUCCCACAGUAUCAAGACCGCCUCUGUCCUGGGACCUGAACUUGGUCCAUUCCCAACUCAUGAAACCACUGUUUGAACCCUGAGCCUCCACCUCAGUCCUGCUCUUUGGAGGUAACCGUCCUUAAAGCUAUUACCUUGGCCAGGAGAAUAGGUGAGUUUGGGCCCAGUGGCAGAUCUGCCUGAUCCUGUCAUUCACAGAGACAGUGUCCUUGAGAUUGUAUCCCAAGUUCCAGCUGACUUCCACUGUAACCAGCCGUUCGCCUGCCUCUGUAUUACCUGGAUUUUCACAGGAAUAGUGAGGGCAAGAGGCUGCUCUCUGGAUGCUGGAUAGCUCGGUGGUUCUGUCAGGGUAGGACAAGGCCCUGCAGGAGAUCUCCACGGCUGUGUGUCCAUGGCUGUGAGGAUGAAAGGAGAAGCAAUAUCUUCUCCAAGACACUCAGAAUGGAUUUCCAGCUGCAUCCUUCUCUGCUCUGAGAGGGCGAGAGCCCCUCCUCUCCAGGCUGUCAGGGCUCAUUCGACCAGCGCACAAGCUGCCGUAGUGGCAUCCUGCCAAGGGACCCCUCUGAAGUUUGUAGAGUGGUGACUUGGCGCUCCGGUCACAUGUUCACAGGGCACUAGUCACUGAAUCAGGCCUCGGCUGAGGACGCUUCCUUCGACUCAGCCAUUCUGUGAGUUGUGUGCAGAACUCGCCUUGCCCUGGCCACCUGCCUGGGACUCACCCACAGUGAGUAGCCAUUGGGACCAAAAGGGAAGGUUCGUUCUUCUGUGUGGUCGCUGCAGACCCAGCCUCGUCCUCCAGCUUUGGAUCCUCACAGGAUUCAUGGUAGAGUACGAACUGGAGAGGCCGUCGGUCCAUGCCACCCCUUAUCCCCUUGGUUCACAGCACAAGGAGAUGCAGGGCACAUAAGUGGCCCAACAGACACCCCCAUUGAAGAAUAUCCAGUCCUAGGCACCCAGAGCACAUGUGCAUCCACAGUGAAUAACUGCUGGGACAUCUCAAAGCUCUCCCGUUACUAUAAGUAACCUUCCUUUAUGAAGAAUAACUGCAAAAUAAUGGCCCUUAAUACUAAUGAGGUCUUUUCAAAACCUACCUGUUGCACCAAAUCUAUCCAGCAGGGAGAAAUGGGGGCGUGUGUUCGCACCGGGGAAUAUGGAGGGAAGGGGUAGGGGGCAUUGCACUGCUCUGAUGAUGAAAAACAACGGCAAACGCAGCUUAAUUAUCCACCUCGGCACUGCUCCCAAGUGCAGAAAGCAGCCAGCGCACUGGUGAAUCCGGCCAUAAAAAUUACAAUUUUAAAAGAUGGUUAAGGCUGAUGCUACAUUUCUUCAGAUCAUUAAAAAUAUCCCUUGGUAGCUAUUGCUUUGUGAGUUUUGUUUACUGAUCACAUAUGAAAACUUUAAUAAUUAAAAAGAAAACAAAUCCCCAGAGAAAAACGUAUGAUGGAGUUAAGGUAGAGAAUACAUAUUAGUAAAUUAGGGUAAAAAAAAUACAGGAAUGUUGUGAUUAAUUUUAAACAAGCAUUAUUAGACCCAGGGAAUUUGGAGUUAAUGUUAAACAGAAAAGAAAUACAGCAUGUUAAGAUGAGACUAUGCACAGUUAAGUUGUGUAAACAACCUUAACUCAUCCCUGCAAAGGCAGAAAUGAAAAAUGAGGAAAAGACUCUGGAAAAGUCAGUUCAGUUUAAUUGGAGAUCACAGGCACUGAUGAGCAUCAAUCCUAACUGAAUGGUUCUUGGCUGACAUCACUACGGGGCGGAGGCAGGGUUGUUUGGGAGUCUGAACUGUGCAUUUCAACAUCUUAACGUGUUUGGAUUUCUGUUAAAUGUAACCUUAACUCUCAAUGUACAUCUCUCGACUGUACAUUGCCCUGAAUUACUGCAUCACACUGAGCCUUACACCAUCGGAACCUAGCUGCUAGCUGGGAACGUUGCAGCAGAACUUGCUGUGAUCCUGAGCCACUCGUGCAGACAUCGGUUCUGAACAGCUGCUCAGCACAUGGUGUCAGUUGCCUGAGGCUUGUCUACAAUAGUUCAGCUCCUUGCCUAGUACUGCACCAUUGGAAGCAGCUGUUGGGAUCCACAGUUACUAACUUGUCCAAUGUAACAGGCCUCCCUGCUCAUUGGGUUCUUGUGCCCUUGGAGAAGGGACAGAUCUAGGGUUGAUUAUCAACAGUUGUUCCUUCACUUUCCCGUUGGCUUCAGCAGGAGCUUUGCAUGUAGUGAGCUAGCCAGGCUCCUGGCGACCAGGUAAUAAAGUGAAAGCAGAUUCCUUCCUUUAGAGCUGUCCUGAUGUGAUGUUCUCAGUGAAGCCAGCCAGACCCUCUGCCAUCUUGGCAGCAGAGUGAUAUGCUGCACCGUGGGCUAGAGGAGUGGCUGUGGGGGGCCGGCCCGGGAGUACGCGAUCUACCUCUUGGGGACAUCUCGACAAACGAAUAGUGCUAUGUCCUGUGGCUAGGGAACGUCGUAAUCUUACAUCUGCCCUUGGCUAAAUACUUGGGCUCUCGUGGUGCUAUUGUACAGAGUUUGGCUGCUCAGCACAGCCAGGCUGAACUCAUGUCCCCCAGCCCUGCAGCUGCAGUUCCUUUGCAAGCUGAAUCCUUCCUUCUCUGGUAGUGGGGCUGGGCCUUUGUUAGAGUGAGUGAAACAGACAGGACAGGGCUCACAGGAACACCCACAUUGUUCUGAUGUUACCCAGAUUUGAGCCGCCUUCAAACCAGACCAAGGUGCCAGCAAGUCUGUGUUUAAAAAAGAAAAAAAAAGACCUAUGCAUGGGCUGGGGCUUGCAUGUUCUUCUGUGUUUCCAUAGGGGACUGAGCUGGCUUCAGUUUUAUGAUGUUUCAGAACCGUUGACCUAGAGGAACUGGAUUUUGGACCUUUAUGCUGGGAACCUGUAAAGCAAACUGAACAGUCAGCAUGCUCUGUUGGUGUCUGCAGGGAGGAUAAAGAUUGGAACGAAGUCAGUUAAGCUGCUUGCAGACCCAUCUCAUACAGGAGUUUGAGAACCAAUCAGUCAGACACAGGAGAAUGGAAUUAGAGCGUCAGCGAAGUCACUGCCUUGCGAUGGGCAGGGGCUAAUGGCGCUGAAAGUUGUGUGUUAGCAAGUGAGAGAUGCUCCCGGACAAUGGUAGAGCAGCUUGGCAGCAGAGGCCUGGCCUUGCGUACCCUUGGCACUCUGCCCCCUGAUCUGCCAUUGUUAGGACAGUGGGAGCCUGGUGUAAAGUGCACAGGGCUUUGACAAGAUCCUACCCCUGCCCCCUUGGCUAGCCCCCGGGCCAUGGCAGAACUGGGGGUGGAAAGUUGUGCUCAGCCUCAGGGUUGGCCCUUUCCCGUUGCACUGGUUCUCCCGAACACUGCACUAGGCUUGUGUCAGUCCAGUAGCUCCUUCCCCCCCGCCGCCUGCAGUGUGAUCCCCAGGACUGAACAGGUGUCAGAGCCUGCAGGGAAAUUCUCUUCUGACCCCUCCCCACCGUUCAGCAACUGGAGCAAGAUGUGCCUCUGCAGGGCCUUUGUCUGCUGUGACCAAGGGAGGGGUUCCCCCUCCUUGCCCUGAGGAAUAAAUGAUGAAACAUGAGGGAUUGAUCAGGUUUGUAUGAAGCUGUUUAAAAGUACAGGGGAGAAAUGUUUGUGAAAAGCGAAGCACCCCUCCUCCGUGUGAGGCACUGCCAGCACUGUGCUUAAACUACAUUCCUGUUCCUCAGCUGCAGGAACUAAGAGGUUAGGACUAACCCCACACGGUCAUGCAGCAGAGAGGGGGGCUGUAGAGGCAAAUUGCUCCAGUGUGAUUAGUGCUAACGAUGUGAAUGAAGAAUGCGUGUGAUAGCGUUCCUACCUGAACGGCAUGUCAGGCCUCACACCCGCUGGCUGCCCUGGUGAGAUGGACACUGUGCAGGGCCCAUGCUUUAGCAAAACUUCCACUGAAGUAACUGGGAAUAGUGCCUGAGUAACAACUGCAGGAAGGGGUUGCCAAGUAUCACUGUGGUCUGCCAUGACUGUGCCAGUGCUUUAUUUGUGUGCGCGCGCCGGGAGCAGUGGAUGGUGGAUGAACACAGCACAGGGGAGUUUGUGAAAGAUUGUCUAACGUAAUGGUGUUACACAGAACUCGCCUGGUCUCACCUGCCCCACGUCCUGUGCAAAGAACAUGCGAUGGAGCGAGAGAGGCGUAUAUAUUUACAGUAUAUAUCUAUUAUUUUUAGAAGAGGGAGAAGGGGAGUGUCUCGGACCAUUGAUUAAUUUCACUUUGCUCCCCUUAGACUGUUGGCUGUGUAUGUGAAACUUAUGAUAAUGAAAAGAGGGUUGGCCUUCUCCAGGUGCUCCCAGAACAUGUACUGUAAUUCUUUGUAUAUAGAAGAAAACAAUUACUGUAAAGUAAAGUUUAACUUUACUCUU